AUGCAAAAUAGAGUUGACUGCGCAAGGAAAUACCUGACACUUGUCAGAAGCAGGUUUAGAGAGAACGGAAACAAGUAUGAAGAAUUCCUUCAAAUUAUGAAAGCCUUCAAAGAACAGAGGUAAACUAUAUUCAGGGUCGAUACUGAAGCAGUGUGCAAGCGCGUCCAAGAAUUGUUCAGAGGCCACAGAGUCCUUUUAUUGGAAUUCAAUAAACUCAUCCCACAAAAUUAUCGAAUAUCAGUUGAAUCGCGUCCUCAUUAUAACGAGGCCAUUGAAUACAUGAGAAAGGUCAAAGAGGAAACUAAGAACGAUCCUGCAAUUUAUGACGAGUUUAUUAAAAUCCUCAAACAAUAUCAGAGCAAAGAAAUGUCCCUUGACGAUGUCAAUAAUAGUGUUCGUAAACUCAUGGUUAAUUACCCAGUACUGAUGGACUCUUUCAAAGCUUUUCUUCCAAAUUAUUAUGAUGAGUCGUCUGAGGAAGAAGACGCUUAUGAGCCGCUCUGUGCCAAGCCUUUGAAAAAGAGAAAAGAGCCUUCAAUUCCGUUGAGCGCUGAAAAGAUUGUGGCUGUUGAGCUUUCAGACCCAAUUGGUAAAAAUGAAUUAAUAUUCUUAUUAUAUCAAGCAGCCAUUUUUUUAUUUUUUAUUUAUAAAUAAAUUGCAAAUUAUUAUAAAGGGAAUAUUUUUUCAGAAACUUAAAAAGGUGCUGGAUUUGAACUCGCAACCGAAUACUGAUUAUUUUUUGGAAUUCUCACAAUGCUUUAAUCUUUAUAUUGUCUGUGUUAUUACUAAACUUGAACUUCUCAAUGUGAUUGAGCCGUUAUUUAGAGUUUCCAAUGCACAUAAUUUUGUAAAUUAUGGUUCAAGCAGCAGAAGGCACCAAAAAGAAGAAAAUUCUGAGCUGACUCAAUAUGUGCAAGGAAGACUCAGGGAUUUCUUUGAAACUUUUAAAGUUAUUGCAGGAACCAGAGAAAGCGCUAGAAGAAAAUAUGGGUGGUUUUUCAAGCCGCUGUCUGAUUUUGAUAACUCCAAAGCCAAAAGACAAGGACAUAGCUAUUUAAACUUGCAAAGACCUGCAAUUAAAAGAACGCAGCCAAACGAAAAACUCAACUCUCAGUGAAUUUCUGUCCCCUAUGGCUCUGAAGACUUUUCUUUUAGGAAUUUUCGUAAAAAUGUGUUUGAAGAUGCCUUAUUCAAGUGUGAGGACGAAAGAUAUGAGCUCGAUAUGACAAUAGAAUCUGCUAUGUCCACACUAAGAUUGCUCGAAAAAGCAGAAGAAAAAAUGAAUAGCUUAUCUCCAGAGCAGCAAAGAAGUUUUCAAUUCAACGAAAAAGCUUUUGACAGCAUCCACAUGAGAUCUAUUCAAUCAAUCUAUAGUGAACACGCUCCAAAAAUAAUAGAAACUCUUAAGCGAAAUCCUGUGAAAGCAUUACCUGUCGUCGUAUUAAGACUUAAAAGUAAAAUAGACGGCUGAACAAAACAAAGUAAAUUAGAAAGCGAAAGACUAUGAGGAGAAACCGUCGAAAAAAAUUUUUGGAAAUCGCUAGAUCACAGAUCAUUUUAUUUUAAACAAAAUGAAAAGAGAAUGACCAACGCAAAAGCAUUUCUAGGAGAAGCGAAAGCGAGGUAUAAUGCAAGAAAUGAAAAUAAAGAAUGGGUGAGAAAAUAUUUAAAAGGAGAAAAUUCAGACAAUAAUUAUGAAUUUAUAGGUGGGUCUAGGCAUCAAUUGUUUUUUAAUUCAUUUUCAGGGCUCUCUGCUGCUGUUUCUCACAAGGUGCCUACUGAUUUUGUAAAUGAAGUUAUUGAAGAAUUCAAGGUGCUGGAUUCUGCAAAAUCUGUCCCAGUUUACGAGAACGGAAUAGAAUAUGCUUCUUUGCCGCAUUUCCGGCUUCUUUAUAACUAUCAGCCAGUCUUAAACGAUGCUCUACGCAUCUUGAUUUUUGCAGUGGAAAAAUCUAAUUUAUCUGACAAAGAGAAAAUAUCCAAAUGAAUAAAUGUAUCCUAUUUAUUAAAAUUACAGGAUUCUUCUUUGAAAGGCAAAAUUUAAUCUAAUUAGAAGCAAAAGUAUAAUAUUUCAAGACUUAAUGCAAAUAAAACUGCCAUCUGAUGUACAAAAUCAUAAAGUCGAAGAAUUUUUUGAAAACAUCCCAGAGGAGGAACCACAAAAGCCUCCAACUCCAAUAGAAACUGAAGAUGUGGAGCUAACAAGGAAGAUUAUCACGAGAUGGAUAGAAAAUGACUCCUAUACUGAACCAGAAGUCGAUUCAAACUCUCUAUCAGAUUUAGCCCAAGAUCCAAUUACUUUAAAAAAAGAUGACUCUUUUUCAGCCUUUAUUCCUCUUUUAAAAAACAAUCAAAUAAUGUACUGUCCAAGCUCUAUUUAUUGCUUUAUACGAUUUUUUUAUGGGAUUUAUGAAAGGCUCUUAAAAGUUAAGCUAGUUUUAAGCAAAGACGGCAAAGAUGAAGAAAAGCCAACAAUUGACUAUGGAAAUUAUUCGUUUUCUGAGCAGGUGGAAUCAGAAUAUUUAGGAUUUUUGAAGGUUGUCUGUCUUGUAUUAAAAAAUACGUAUGAUAAUUCUAAAUUUGAAGAAAAAUGCCGAUCUUUGCUGGGCAAUGAUGCUUAUAUUUUAUUCACGUUUGAUAAGCUGGCAAGCUAUACAGCCAAAGCUCUCCAUGCUGUUGCUCAUGAUGAUUUAGCAAUGAAGGCUCUUAAUCCCUGCCCACUGUGAGCAAGCAAUCUUUUUACUAAAAAUCCCAAUUAAUUAAACUUAUUUGUAGAGUGCAAACUGCUUAAUAAUAAUAGAAUGUGAUUGAAUUUAACGAUGACCCCCCCCUCAAUCUUCAUGUCUACUGCAACAAAAAUUUUUAGAAAAAAUCUUCAUGCCUACUGCAACACAACAUUUUUUUAUAAAAAAAAUUAAUGCAUUUUUCUCUAGGUGAGUUUCUCAAAAAACCCCAUAAAACAGCGCUACUGUAGGUGUGUCAAUGACCUUCUCAUCGAGUUUUGGAUGGCUAUUGCUAGAAUCGGCAUUUUAUUAAAACUUAUCUAGCUAAAAAGUACGGAAAAAUUUAAGAUGCGCAUCGAAAAUUUGUUGCAUUGGAUUAGGAUUAAGAUUAUUGCAGACACUUCUUGAGCCUCUGUCUGAUUCUCGGCUCGGAGUCCGUCCCAGUUCGCUGUAGCCAUAAGGUCUGGACUGCUGCUCCAAGAGGGCAGGUUGACACGUGUCGCCAUUUUAAUGUAUAUAAUUUGUUGCAAGAGACAUGAAAAUUAUAUUAUUUUUUUAUAUAUAUAAAAUUUUAUAUUAAAAAAUUGCAUUUUUGUUGCAAUAGACAUGAAGAUUGAGGGGGGGUCAUCGUUAAUUUUAAAAAUCAUUAAUUAUUUUAUAGAAAUAGUUUUUUGCUUUCUCACAGAGGGAUUAGUAUUUUUUCCAAAUUCAGCAAACACAAGCUUAAUGAAGAAAUGUAUAUGGCUGAGUUUUUAGCUCAAUCUCCGAGUGCACAGCUUUUCAGACUUCAUUGAAAUGUAAAAUAUAAAAUUCUUAGCAUCACUUAUAUUGAAAGUCCAUAUGAAAAACUGCAAGAGCCGCCUGUAAAAAACGCAAUAUUAAACGCAAAGCAUUUUCUUAGCACUCAGUUUAUUUCUCCUCUGCAUGAAGAGUUAGAAUUUGUGCAGCACAGAUUGGAUGCAUUUUAUCAGAAUCAUAGCAUCACUUACUCAGAUUUAGCAAACCAAAUAAAAUGUUUUAACGGAGUCAAAGUUGGACUUAACGAAAACUCGUUCAAAAUGAGCUUUAUUCCUGGCCUAGAAGAUUACUUAUUUAAUACUCAUUUUUAUCACAAAGACGUUAAACUUACGAUGGAAUCAGAGAUUUUUAUUUGCAGAGAUAAAAAUUCAUAUAUUCAAAAAGUGACAGAAAUAGGAGACAUCGCUAUUUUAAUAGUUAAAAGCGCUCCCACUUAAAGUGAUUGCUUUAUUUUAUAGAAAACAAAUUUCUAUAUCCACAAUUUAUUAAUUGAUUUCUCUAAAUGGUAUAAAAAAUUUCAAAGAUGGAGGGAAAAAAUAAAUAAAACAUAA